UACUGACACCGAGGCGAAGAGAAGAGCCGCCCGGACGGAGCAGCGACGCGUGGUGGGGAUUCGGCUGUCACGCGCCACUCUUGCCCGCGGAUCUGUGCAGCUCUGCCCGAAACUUGUUUAGGCGGAAGUGAACACCACUACAUUCAAUGGCGAGUUACUUCCUGGUAGCACUGGACUGGACUCGGGAGCACUAAGAUGCAUUCAUGAGAAAAAUCUGCAAGCAAGCCUUGGAAGGUUUAUCUGUGGUAUUUUUCAAAGGGUAAAAGACUAAGAUCAUAUUUGCCAAGGGGAGUGGGGACGAACAGUGUGUGUUUAUAUCGGGUCCACCGCCCCUCCCAAACCUAUAAAUAAAUCACACAGUCACCACCACAAUGAAUUUCACGCAUCUAAUUUUUUGGCGUAGAAGAGUACCGAAGAGCUUGAGCCGCGAACUAAGAAUUCAGCUCUUCGCCAUAGACUCAUUCGAUGACUUUGAACACGGUCCUUUCAGCAUCGGCGCCAGCAUCUACAACCAAGGGGAUCAUAAAACUGACUUAUCAUACAGUGAGGCCCCAGUCGACGGAAACCGAAGUCAUGGCAAAAGGACCCCGAGUCGUCGCUUCCGCUUCUCAUCGCUUUGCCACUGACCUCGUCAUAGUAAACAAACCCGCCACGCCCUCUCCCACGCUGGCUAUCCCGCCUGCCUAAUCAGGCAGGCAAGCGCGGCACAAACAGUGUUUACUACGAAGGAAAUCCCACUGACUUGAGACUUAACUCCCGAGUAAAUCAACUUCUUAGAAUAGAGGAGUCAUAGAUAUCCAAGCUGUUGCCUGACUCGAAAACACUUAAGCAGCGAAGAACCAUAGUGACAAGAAAAUCCAGAGCGACGCUGCCUGGUGUUGUAUGGAGACAGGACCUUUCGGUUCUUACAGACCCGUUUUCCCUUCUCUCCAGUGAACGUGUUCUCCGUCGAGCUUCGUCCGGCUGCCCAGAAGGGUCGUGCUUGCUCGGCGGGCGGGCGGGCGCCGGGGAGGACGAGGCGAUGGACCAGUGCGUGACGGUAGAGCGUGAGCUGGAGAAGGUGCUGCAGAAGUUCUUGGGCCACGGACAGCUGUGCGAGCGGAGCCUGGAGGAGCUGAUCCAGUACGUGGCGGGACUGCGCCGCGAGAUCCUCCAGAGCGAGAAUCAAGAUGGAGAUCUAUCGGGGACGAUAUCACUUGUUAUGACCCAGUGUUGUAAACGAAUAAAGGACACCGUUCAGAAAUUGGCCUCUGAUCAUAAGGACAUUCAUAGUAGUGUUUCUCGAGUUGGAAAAGCAAUUGACAAGAAUUUUGACUCUGACAUCAGCAGUGUGGGAAUAGACGGAUGCUGGCAGGCUGAUAGUCAGCGAAUUCUGAAUGAAGUGAUGGUAGAACACUUUUUCCGGCAAGGAAUGCUAGAUGUAGCAGAAGAGCUUUGUCAGGAGUCUGGACUUUCUAUAGACCAAAGUCAAAAAGAACCAUUUGUGGAGCUCAACCGAAUAUUGGAAGCACUUAAAGUUAGAGUAUUGAGACCUGCAUUAGAGUGGGCAGUAUCAAAUAGAGAAAUGCUUAUGGCACAGAAUAGCUCCUUAGAAUUUAAGCUACACAGACUAUAUUUUAUUAGUUUAUUAAUGGGUGGAACUGCAAACCAGAGAGAAGCAUUACAGUAUGCUAAAAACUUUCAACCGUUUGCUCUAAACCAUCAGAAAGAUAUUCAGGUUUUAAUGGGAAGCCUAGUAUACCUGAGGCAGGGCAUUGAAAACUCUCCAUAUGUCCAUUUACUGGAUGCAAACCAGUGGGCAGACAUCUGUGACAUCUUUACGAGGGAUGCCUGUGCUCUGCUCGGUCUCUCUGUUGAAUCUCCACUUAGUGUUAGCUUUUCAGCAGGUUGUGUAGCGUUGCCAGCUCUAAUAAAUAUAAAAGCUGUGAUUGAACAAAGACAGUGCACUGGUGUUUGGAAUCAGAAAGAUGAAUUACCGAUUGAAGUUGACCUUGGCAAAAAGUGCUGGUAUCAUUCAAUAUUUGCUUGCCCUAUCCUUCGUCAACAAACAACAGAUACUAACCCACCUAUGAAGUUGGUUUGUGGUCACAUUAUAUCAAGAGAUGCUCUAAAUAAAAUGUUUAAUGGCAGCAAAUUAAAAUGUCCAUACUGUCCCAUGGAACAGAGCCCUGGAGAUGCCAAACAAAUAUUCUUCUGAAGAUUCAAUUCACUAUGUAGUUCAUAGGUGACACUCUGACUUAUGGGUGCAUUUUUGGAGGACUGAAGCUGGCAAAUGUUCCAUUUAAUGCUGUACAGACUGAAGAGGACUCCUGUGUUCGUAUAAGCCUAAUGCUCCAGACAUGUUUGCCAACGUUUAAUGUAUACAUACUGAUUGGAAGAGCUGCAGAAGUAAUGUUUGUCUUAGGGCUUUUACUCUAACCUUGGUCUCCAUAUCUGAUCAAGAUACUACACCAGCAGUUGUCAUUCAAUGAAGGGUUUUUGUUUUGUUUGAACUAAAUUGUAGGUGACUUCACUUUUUAAAGCGGACACCAUAUAGGUCUAAUAUGUCCUGCUUUUAUUUGAUCAUCCUGAUCGAUAAAUGUCACCAUAAAGAAUGUGUGGGAAUUUUUUUUUUCUUUAGCCUGUACAUAAUUAAGAAAGAACUUCAGAAAAAAAAGGUUUGAUAAAUUGAAUAGUGGUUAUAGACAUAUUUGUAUUUCUGUUCUUAUUUUCCCAACACAAAGCUGUGAUAUUCUGAGGGAUUUUUUUCUUUUGAACAUUUUCCCAGCUUUUAAACAAUUCCAAUUGAAUGUGCUUAUAUAUAAAAUACAUGCAUAUAUAACACAAAGUUCAAAACUAUUUCUAAUUUAGAAGGAUAACGAGUACGGGCUCCUUGACUUGGGGAUCCUAUUCAGUUGAUUUCAUGAAUGAGAGCUCUUUCUGUACCUCAGAGUGUUCAAUAAAAUGGAGCUCUGGGUUAGAAAGAGAGUUUUGUCAAUGGAUAUUUGCUCUCUGGCUUUUUUAGUCUUAUAUUCUAAGCUUUGUAUUUGAGAUCAGUGUCAUGUUGCUGUACAGUUUACUAGACAUGAUAGUUAUUUAUAAAGUUAUCAGAACCAAAUAAAUUGUUGAUGAUUAUCAUUGUUAAAAUGGAUAAAAUAACAUUUUCUGGUAAUCUAAUAUAGCCUGUUAAUCUCAGGAUUGGACUUCCCAGUUUUAUUAGAAACUGACAUGUCUUCUGCAGCCAAGAGCAUUGUGUUUGUGACAGGACAGCUAGUGUACUCUCAAUUUGCUAUUCUCUUUGUCAACAAGUAUAUCAAGACUAAAGAUUUAAACCAGUUUAACCAUCAUUUUGUUUUCCUAGAGAACCCUGGGAAGUAUAGUUCCAGACUGGGCAGUGGGGAAGGGAUCUCUGACAUUCUCAGCACACUCACCAAAUUACAAUGCCCAGAAUUAUUUGGGGAAAGCUAUUAUAAACUGAUAUACAUUUUUAGUGUGGAUAUAUCCAAAGUUGAGUCUAUACUCUUAAGCUUGAUGCACAUAAUGGCAAAUUUCUAGUGUGCAUUCACUGCACUGUCCUAUAAUAGGGCAAAGCAGCCACCAGAUGUUAACAGUAUAUAUAAGAAUAGAAUUCUUUAUUGUCUGACUUAACAAAACUUAGUAUGGUUGGAAACUAAUAUAUGAGUUAAUGCACUAGCACGAUGCACUACACAGAAGAAUAUUGAUGAUAAAAUUCUUGUUUUCUGUGCUUUUGGCCUUGACUCUUGUAAAUGAGCGAAUACCAUGAAGACACCAAGACAGUCUGAUUGAACUAGAGUAGAAAAAAAGUUGAUGUAGAAAAAUAUGGCUACAUUAUAUUUUUCCAAAAUAAGUUAUAUCCGUACCAUACUUCUAAAAAUCUGAUUGAAGUAAUGAUAAACUAAUGAAUAUUUUCAACUGAGGUUUCUAGUCUCAGUGAAGUUGCUUUUAACAUGGAAAGGAACUGCAUAUUUGGGAGCUUCAGAAAACCAAAUACAUAUUUUUUCACAAAAUGAUGUAAGAAAAAAUUGAAUCCAGCGGUGUAAUUUAUAGCUCUAUCGAAGGUAAACAUGAUAAAACAAUGUUUGCAACCCUAUACAGGAGUCACAUGCAUAUGUCCUGUUUGAUUUCAGUGGGUCUUGGGCAUGCUUAAAUGCUCAAUCAAGCUUACAGCCAGUGAGUUUUGUUUCAUCCUUAUGGUCCAAAGCCCAUGAUUGUUUGCCUACCUGAUACCUAAAAUGUGAGGACUGACAUCUUGGCAGCUAAAAUAAAAGGACUGACAUGAUUUUCAUGAACCUCCAAGCGAUGAAAGGGCUUACUCUCCUUCAUGAACUGGUUCCCAGCCAUUUAAUGUGAGGGUGGUGGUGGAGGAAACUGGUAGAUGUUUGCAUUAGUUCAAAAUCAACAAAAUAGAUUGAUAUGCUGGGAGUUGUGUGACAUAAGUGCAUGGAAGAUGUGAGCUUCCAUUAACCCGCAUGAUUGCUGCCAUGAGCUUGUCCACUUUCAAGUAUUUAUGGGUUUCCAUAGAUGAAAUGAUUUUAGUACCAUAUAUGUAGCACAGAUUUCUGUGUUUCCAGGCACAACUCCUCUUUUAACUGCUCUGUUGUGCUCAGUGAGGCUAAGACUUUAAGUCUUUUCAUUCUUUUCAAGGAUGACUUCAUUUUUCCCCCUUUUCCUUGAAAAUAAGGCAGUAUAAUAAUAUUCAUAACUAUCCUGAAAUGUUUUUACUUGAAGAACUGGGUAGAAAUUUUAUCAGAUAAAUACAUAAUAUUAUUGAGUAACCAGAAGAAAAGCAGAAAUGGCUUUGCAUAUUGACAAGCCCAGCUGUGAGAGCUGUACCUCUCUGUGUGUUGAAAUCACAGUCCUACUUCUUGCUUACACAUUUGUUCUUAGGAUUUUUUCAUAUUCCCAAGACAAUUGCAGCAAAUCCACCUGUUGGAUUUGGGAAAUCUUUCCCCACCAAAAUAUUAGUUUGAGGGAGAGCAAAGCCCAUCCUUGUUUGAGGACAUUUUUAGAGCAAAUACUGAAAGCAGGAUAGCAGUGUGGAGACAGGUAAUCUUGGGAUUGAUGGUGAUGCAUAGGAGCAUGUUACGAUGCAUAACAUGUUCAAGUGAAUUUGCUGAGUGCUUUACUAUAUCACAGAUAUAUAUUUUUUUCUGUGUUAGCAUGGAGUACCAAGUCUCCAUUUUGGCAGCUCUCUUUGCUUACUGUCAUGAAAAGAUGUGAUGCAUACCUGAAUCAAUGCAUGGGGAUGGGCAAUGGGUAGAACAUACUAGCGUAAUAUACUUAAUACAGCAUAUGUAUAUUACACUGUUACUGUAAAUUAGUAAAACUGUUUUGCUAA